AUGGUUUCCAUCAAAUAUUUUGCACUCACUGCUUUUGCAACUAGUCUCGUUUCUGCUUCUCCGGUUCAAGUCACUCGCAGAGGUUUCUUGAGCGACCUUUUCCACGAAGUGGCCGAAACUACAGGAGCCAUUGUUCAUGGCGUGCAAGACCUCGAAGCAUUGGCCAAAACCACUUUUCAAGAUCUCAAGUGUGCUGCUGAGAACUUUACUGGUACCAGCAAAGCUCCACACACCAACGGUAUUGAAUGGUAUGAAGAUGCCGAGUACUUGGCAGGAUUAAUUUUGAGUUCUGGUCCUGCUGAGUACAUCAAGAACGAAACAAUCCAAACCGUUGAGCAAAUCAUUGAGGGUGCCGAGGCUCAAGGUUCUGAAUUCGUUCAAGAAUUGGCAGGCUACAUUGGAUUGGCACCCGAAGCCGCUGCUUUAGCCAACGAAACUUUCCCAAUUGUCAACUAUUUUGCUGCUGCUAUUGUGAAGGCUAUUGCUGAGGAGGCUAUAGCCAUUGCCAAGUCUCCAAAGACCGCACAUGAUGCUGAUACUUUUAUCAAUCUUGUCAUUAGGUUCCUCGAGCAAGCUGGUAUUAGCAUUACUACUACUGCUGGAACUGCUAUUCUUAGUGAGUUUGGAGUUGGACUUUUGAUUGGUCCUGCUAUUACUACCGCUUGUAAAGCAGGAUCUGUUGCCGCUAAUGCUUUGACCUCAUUGGAAGCUUGUACCUUAAGGCUGAACGUCUUUUCGCAAGUACUUUCCGAAGCCCAAAUUUUACUUCAACAAUGUUAG